AUGGCUCGCUGGCUUUGCACAGCUUCACAUACACCAGACGCACAGACACAUGCACAGGAAGUCAUCUACUCAGAGUAAAUGCGUCCACAGAUAUAUCCGUCAUUCCACCCACCAGCUACGUGUAGACACCAACACACACACACACACACACAUUCACAUGGACGUGGCAGCAUUCCGUUUGAAUGCGCCCAUCCCGUCCCUGUGGGAUAAAACCACGCGUGUGCACACCUCCAACACGCACACACAUGCCCGCCUCGCUGCAAGCGACGUCUACCAGGAGUCCGCUUCUCUACCCCCACACAACACGCACAUAUACGUCUAUAUCUGUGUUGGCACCAACACCCGAUGACAGUGUUGGUGUAUUUUGUCCCGCGGCAUGUGAGAUGUGAGAUGUGUAUGGGGGCGGGGAGCAUCAGCCGACAGACACAGCGGAGAACAUUCAUUCACUCAUGUAUUCACCAAACAAGUAUCAGCAACAAUUAAUGCUGCGUGCUGUGGUGUCUUCCUAGAUGCGAUCGACAGACAGCCUGGCGACACACACACACAGAUACACAACAUGGGGGUGAUGGGUGCAUUGCUCUGCCUCUUUCCUCUUACCCUCUAGGAGCGACGAGUUACAGUCAGGCGAGUCCACCAUCUCGUCUCGCUUGUGUCGAUGCUAAAGUUGGUGCCGACCUCCGUGCCGGUGGGGAGAAGCUGCCGAACGGCGGCGCGAAGGGCUUCGCUACCACGCACAUUCACCAUCAAACACCGCAGGCCCCCACCACCCACGAUCGAUGAGAUGCCGUCGCGGAUGAGCUGGGCAGCCGCAGAGGGCUGCAAGUCGUUGGGCACUGAGUGGAAACACACACACACGGCAGCAAUGCGCACACAUCAGAUGAACCAACCGAAAUCCUCUAUAUUGAAAUGCGUUGCGUACCUCUUACGCCUAACUUCAAUUCGCCAAUCGAUGGAAAGCUAUCCGAUGACCAGCCUUCCAAUGCACCCUCAGUGAGACUGAUCGAAUGCUGAAAACCUUGUUUUUGCCUCAGCAGGCCGACCUCGACAGUGCCCACUUCCCUCUCCGCCCCCAGCCCCUCCAGCACUCUCCUCCUUUCCUGUGGACUCACAUCUAAGCUGAACCACACCAUCUCCAUCUUGCUCGGCAUCUUCUCUGCCAACAGCCGACCCGCCGCACUGCUCACAGCGCCGCCGGUGUCCAACUCUUUGGCCUUUGGGAACGGUUGCAGUUGUUCGAUGAUGGCGGGGUGGGGUGAGGGGGUGUCGGGAGGGGGGACGAAGCCAGGGGCGUUGAGGAUCGCCACGUACCGCGCCCUGUCGAAUGUGAGUGUUUUGGUGAUGUCGAUGGCCGCCUGGCUGGGGCUGUCGACGGGGUGGGUGAGGUCAUGCUGGCUGAUGGUGUAGUUGAUCUCUGUCGCCUUCCGUGCGACCGCCUGGAUGGCAUUGAGGGGCGAGGGGUUGGGGGGAAAGUCGUCGCUGUAGAACAGCGACAGGUCGAAACUCUCAAGACGCUGGGCCUCAAAAACGACGUUGGCGUCGGGUCGGCAGCACGACUUGUGCAGCGACUCGACGGACUCCAAGAGGGGAAGGACCCUGCUGUCGAUCUGCUUGCUCAGGCCACGGAUGUUGUGGUUAGUCCUGACCGAAAAGCUCAUGUCCACCACCAGCUGAGUGAGCGAUCGACGGCAACCACGCGAUGUGAGCGCUGCCUACAUCACACACAUACAUGUGGUGAGAUCACCGUCAAGACCUGUCUGGCACGUGCAUCUUCUGCUGCUGACUUACCUGCAGUCUGUCGACCGCUGCAAGGGCCUCGUUAACAUCGCCGGCCAGCUGGAUGGUGCCGAUACUCUGCAGCUGACUCAGCGGCCCCGGCUGCCCAGCAGCUGCCUCGGGGAUGUGCUCAAACACACUGGCCCACUGCUCACCCCGCAGAUCACCGCUCACGUGCCGCAGACACCGUGACGAGCUGAUGAAGCGGCCCAGCUCUUCCGAACGCCACCGCUCCUGCUCCACUGUCUGGAGUGACGGCAUCAGCCACCCUCUGUUGGCCAGUUUACCGUACUGCCAAACGGCUCCGGUGACGGCUUUGAGUGAGGGGAGGGUGGAGGGCUCGGUGAGGGGAGGAGGGAGAGGGGGGCGCCGUCGCUCCACUUCACGCUCCGCCGCCGCACUCGGCCUCACUUUUUCGAAUGCGAUGGUCUCCAGCCGACUGGCCGACUGUCGCACCUCGGAGGGCCUCUGAGGGGCGGGGGCGUCUCUCUGUCUGUCGGGCUGGUCGGGGUUUGGAGGCGGCUGAGUGGGGGCGGGCGGGGCGGCCGUGGUCUCAAUGAUGGUCACCAACACGUCACUGCACCACAUGGGGUGGUCCUCAGGGUGGCAGAGGGCGAUGUGAGUGAGGCCGGUGAGCCGUGCCGCCAUCCGCUUGACGAGGUCGAGAGGGAUCUUCUGCCAAAAGCUGCGGCCCUCGGUCGGCGAUCGCCAGCAGUGCUCGUCGUCCUUGGUGGCGCAGUCGAUGAAGAGUCGUGUGUGGCUGGGCGCCGCCUGUUCCCACAUCUGCUUGGUGUUCUUGGCCAGCCGCUGGGAGAGGGGGAUGAGCACAUGAAGGGGCAGACACUCCAUCACCAACGAACAAAUCUGCACAACACACAGAAAGAGGGAGGGAGAGCGGCAGGAGUGAGUGUGUCUGUCGUUCACUGCAGAUUCCCUCUGGCUGGCCUCACCGUUUCUAUGCGCUGCUGCUGCUCUCUGUUGCCCGCCGCUGCACUGUUCUCUACACCAUUACAACCACCGCCAGCCGGGUUGCCAACCACACGCGCUCGCUUGUUGCCGUCGCCAACACAAACCUGCACAGACAGACGCACCAAUGAGGCCGAUCCAUGUGUGUGUGCGUGUUCGCGUACGGUCUUGGAGUGCUGCCCUUCUGUGUUGUUCUCGUCCGAGUUCACAGCACCGCCCACUCAAUGGAUACACCGAAACAACCUCCCGUCGCCAUCAGAGCCCUGACCACACACACCAAGCUCUCCUCUCUCCGGGUGUCUGCUGUAGGGUGUGCGAACCUGUUGCUGAUACGGUGUGUGGGUCUGAUUGUGCGGGACGACCUUCUGGAACGGCUCCCGCACCCCGUUGACCGCCUCCACCGCCCUCAGGUACACCACCGUCCCUCCCUCGGUCGGCUGCACGCGAUACACCUCGGCCAGCGCCAUGCCCCUCUUCGCGACAGUCGACACCAUCCACACACGAGUGCCCUUCUCGUAACACUGAGGGCCACGGCGGGACACCACCUGCUGAAACGAACAGGCACAAAGAUCAGUCACUCCACACAAUGAUAGAGUGCGCUGUGCCUUUACUGACCGGCGUCUGCGGCUGAGAUCCAGCGGCGGAUGACGACGAAGCGAGAGCCGCCAUGGCGCCAAUCAAGCAGUGGUCGAAGCAAGCAGCAGACGUCAAAUGAGCGCCUGCAAUGUCAAGCGGGAUGGAUAAGUUGUGUUGCUUUGGCUGUGUGUUCCUUCACUCACUUACGUGUGUCCCGAACUCGCUUGGCUCGAGACUGAUGUCUUGAAGCAAGGCGAUUUGACAGUGC